AUGUCUGCUUCCGAAUCUUACUCAGACGAUAGUUCGACAUCGUAUGACUCCGAUGUGGAUACAAGCGAGGAAUACGAGCUAGAAGUGGAAGAAUAUGACUCGCCUUCAGAGAAAGAGUCGCAAGAAGAAAUACCAACUCAGGCUCAAGCAGACUGCAAUGAUCAAAAUAGUGCUGGAGCAGUGGUUGUUCCUUACGAGGAAGAGCCUAUAGCAGAUGAUGAUUGGGUUGAGCGAUACGAAGCAGAAAAAGAGACCGCGAGAAUUCACUUUGAGGAACUCCAAGAACGUUUAGACUGAACGAUUCCGACAAGUCAAUGGUAAAUACAAAAUAUAUUUUAUGGCAUGUCACAUUGGCUCGUGUUUGCACUUUUAUCGACUUUAUACAGAUUUGAAUAAAUCGUAUGUUUUUUUAUUUAAAAUACUUAGGUGCAAGUGUAACAACUGCGACACAAGUCUGUUACAGAACGAGUACGAAACUCAAUGUUGUCAGGAAAUUGAUCGAUGCACCAAGGCAUUGAGUUCCGAUGAUGUCCUACAAGACGUCGAAAUACCCCCUACUUGUGUUCUCAAUCAACCAGGGUUUAGAAUCAAUUGCUUGGAGAAAUGGUCCUUAAAAAUGGCUGUACCAAAAUACAAAACAAAAAUUGGAAAAAGAUAUCGCCAACAAGGAUCAGAAGAAACGUGA